GUGUCAUCCACCCCUCCUCACACACACACCAUGGUUCCAUCCAACUCUUUCAUCAUUGCCCGUGGCCCUCGGCUACUUAUCAAAAUAAUGACAUCUAUUGUAACGGUGGCUUCUUUCUACCUCUCUUUAUCUCGCUGUCUGAAUACAAUAACAAAUAAAUGAGUUGUGUUGCGUUCUAUGUGUAACAUAAAGCCUGCAGCCUAAUUAGACUUUCUGGUAAGCUGUUUCUUUUCAAUCAUGUUCUUUAUGGCCAUAAUGGUUGUCUUGUAUGAGGGCUGUGCCUUCAGCAAGUAUUCUUACCCCUUAUUACACAUUUUGUUGUGUUACAGCCUGAAUUCAAAAUGGUUUUCUCUCCCAUCUACACACACUGCCCCAUAAUGACCAAGUGAAAACAUGUUUAGACAUUUUUGCACAUUUUAUUGAAAAUUAAAUGGAGAAAUCUCAUUUCCAUACAGUACCAGUCAAAAGUUGACACACCUACUCAUUGAAGGUUUCUUUUUUCUUUUACUGUUCUACAUUGUAGAAUAAUAGUGAAGACAUCAAAACUAUGAAAUAACACACAUGGAAUCAUGUAGUAACCGAAUGUAUUUUAUAUUUCAGAUUUUUCUAAGUAGCCCCCCUUUGCCUUGAUGACAGCUUUGAACACUCUUGGCAUUCUCUCAACCAGCUUCAUGCGGUAGUCACCUGGAAUGCAUUUCAAUUAACAGUUGUGCCUUGUUAAAUGUUAAUUUGUGGAGUUUCUUUCCUUAAUGCGUUUGAGCCAAUCAGUUGUUGUGACAAGGUAGGGGUGGUAUUCAGAAGAUAGCCGUAUUUGGUAAAAGACCAAGUUCAUAUUAAGACAAGAACAGCUCAAAUAAGCACAGAGGAACGAAUAUCCAUCAUUAAUUUGACUAACCAUAAUGUCUCAAUCAGGACAAUUUCAAGAACUUUGAAAGUUUCUUCAAGUGCAGUCGCAAAAACCACCAAGCGCUAUGAUGAAAAUGGCUCUUAUGAGGACCGCCACAGGAAAGGAAGACCCAGAGUUACCUCUGCUGCAGAGGAUAAGUUCAUUAGAGUUACCAGCCUCAGAAAUUGCAACCCAAUUAAAUGCUUCACAGAGUUCAAGUAACAGACACAUUUCAACAUCAACUGUUCAGAGGAGACUGCAUGAAUCAGGCCUUCAUGGUUGAAUUGCUGCAAAGAAACCACUACUAAAGUACACCAAUAAGAAGAAGAGACUUGGGCCAAGAAACACGAGCAAUGGACAUUAGACCGGUGGAAAUCUAUCCUUUGGUCUGUUGAGUCCAAAUGAGAGAUUUUUAGUUCCAACCGCCGUGUCUUUGUGAGACGCAGAGUAAGUGAGCGGAUAAUCUCUGCAGGUGUGGUUCCCACCGUGAAGUAUGAAGGAGGAGGUAACACUGUCUGUGAUUUUUGAAUUCAAGGCACACUUAACCAGCAUGACCACCACAGCAUUCUGCUGCGAUACGCCUUCCCAUCUGGUUUGUACUUAGUCCCACUAUAAUUUGUUUUUCAAUAGGACAAUGACCCAACACACGUCUAGGCUGUGUAAGGGCUAUUUGACCAAGAAGGAGAGUGGUGGAGUGCUGCAUCAGAUCACCUGGCCUCCGCAGUCUCCCGACCUCAACCCAAUUGAGAUGGUUUGGGAUGAGUUGGACCGCAUAGUGAAGGAAAAGCAGCCAAUGAGUGCUCAGCAUAUGUGGGAACGCCUUCAAGACUGUUGGAAAGCGUUCCAGGUGAAGCUGGUUGAGAGUGCCAAGAGUGUUCAAAGCUGUCAUCAAGGCAAAGGGUGGCUACUUUGAAGAAUCUCAAAUAUGAUUUGAUUUAACACGUUUUUUGGGGGGGUUACUACAUGAUUCCAUAUGUGUUCAAAGUUUUUGUCUUCACUAUUAUUCUACAAUAUAGAUCAUUGUAAAAAUAAACAUCCUUGAGUGAGUAGGUGUGUCCAAACUUUAGACUGGUACUGUAAGUAUUCACACCCCUGAGUCAAUAUUUUGUAGAAGCACCAUUGGCGGCAAUUACAGCUUUAAGGACGUCCUGGGUUUGUCUGUAUCAGCUUUGCACAUCUGGAUUUGGAGAUUUUCUCCCAUUCUCUGUUCUUUUGCCCAUCUUAAUCUUUUGUUUUUAUUUGCCAGUCUGAGAUAUGGCUUUUUCUUUGCAACUCUGCCUAGAAGGCCAGCGUCCAGGAGUCGCCUCUUCACUGUUGACGUUGAGACUGGUGUUUUGCGGGUGCAAUUUAAUGAAGCUGCCAGUUGACCAACCCACUCAAGUGACACACCCCUCCAGUGAGCUCAGCCCCCGUAAUGGGGUUAGAGGCAGAGAAUCCUAGUGGAGAGAGGGGAACCGGCCAGGCAGAGACAGCAAGGGUGGUUCAUCGCUCCAGUGCCUUUCUGUUCACCUUCACACCCCCGGACCAGACUACACUCAAUCAUAGGACCUACUGAAGAGAUGAGUCUUCAAUAAAGACUUAAAGGUCGACUGAAUCGGCGUCUCUCACAUGGUUAGGCAGACCAUUCCAUAAAAAUUGAGCUCCAUAGGAGAAAGCCCUGCAUCCAGCUGUUUUCUUAGAAAUUCUAGGGACAAUAAGGAGGCCUGCGUCUUGUGACCAUAGCGUAUGUAUAGGUAUGUACAGCAGGACCAAAUUGGGAAGAUAGAUAUGAGCAAGCCCAUGUAAGUUAGCAGUAAAAUCUUGACAUCAGCCCUAGCCUUAACAGGAAGCAAGUGUAGAUUGGCUAGCACUGGAGUAAUAUGAUCAUUUUGGGUUGGUUUUAGUCAAGAUUCUAGCAGCCAUGUUUAACACUAGCUGAAGUUUAUUUAGUGCUUUACCUGGGUAGUUUGAAAAUAGAGCAUUGCCGUUGUCUAAUCGAGAAGUGACAAAAGCAUGGACACAUUUUUCUGCAUCCUUUUUGGACUAAGUGUCUGAUUUUUGCAAUGUUACGAACAGUUGAAGUCGGAAGUUUACGUACACUUAGGUUGGGGUCAUUAAAACUCAUUUUUCAACCACUCCACAAAUGUCUUGUUAACAAACUAUAGUUUUGGCAAGUCGGUUAGGGCAUCUACUUUGUGCAUGACACAAGUCAUUUCCCUAACAAUUGUUUACAGACAGAUUAUUUAACUUAUAAUUCACUGUAUCACAAUUCCAGUGGGUCAGAAGUUUACAUAGACUAGUUGACUGUGCCUUUAAUCAGUUUAGCAAAUUCCAGAAAAUUAUGUCAUGGCUUUAGAAGCUUCUGAUAGGCUAAUUGACAUAAUUUGAGUCAAUUGGAGGUGUACCUUUGGAUGUGUUUCAAGGCCUACCUUAACUCCGUGCCUCUUUGCUUGACAUCAUGGGAAAAUCAAAAGAAAUCAGCAGAAAGAUAAUUGUAGACCUCCACAAGUCUGGUUCAUCCUUGGGAGCAAUUUCCAAACACCUGAAGGUACCACGUUUAUCUGUGCAAACAAUAGUACGCAAGUAUAAACACCAUGGGACCAUGCAGCCGUCUUACCGAUCAGGAAGGAGAUGCGUUCUGUCUCCUAGAGAUGAAUGUGCUUUGGUGUGAAAAGUGCAAAUCGAUCCCAGAACAACAGCAAAGGACCUUGUGAAGAUGCUGGAGGAAACAGGUACAAAAGUAUCUAUACCCACAGUAAAACAAGUCCUAUAUCGACAUAACCUGAAAGGUUGCUCAGCAAGGAAGAAGUCACUGCUCCAUAACCGCCAUAAAAAAGCCAGACUAUGGUUUGCAACUGCACGUGGGGACAAAGAUCAUACUUUUUGGAGAAAGGUCCUCUGGUCUGAUGAACCAAAAAUAGAACUGUUUGGCCACAAUGACAGUUAUGUUUGGAGGAAAAGGGAGAAACUUGCAAGCUUAAGAACAUCCCAACCAUGAAGCACGGGGGUGGCAGCAUCAUAUUGUGGGGAUGCUUUGCUGCAGGAGGGAAUGGUGCACUUCACAAAAUAGAUGGCAUCACGAGAAAGGAAAAUUAUGUAGAUAUAUUGAAGCAACAUCUCAAGACAUCAGUCAGGAAGUGAAAGCUUGGUCGCAAAUCGGUCUUCCAAAUGGACAAUGACCCCAAGCAUACUUCCAAAGUUGUGGCAAAAUGGCUUUAAGGACAUCAAAGUCAAGAUAUUGUCAUGGCUUUGUAAUGGCCACUCCCUCAAUCCAAUAGAACAUUUGUAGGGCAGAACUUGGAAAAAACGUGUGCAAGCAAGGAGGCCUAAAGAACCUCAGUUACACCAGCUCUGUCAGGAGGAAUGGGCCAAAAUUCACCCAACUUUUUGUGGGAAGCGUGUGGAAGGCUAACCAAAAUGUUUGACCCAAGGUAAACAAUUUAAAGGCAAUGCUACGAAAUACUAAUUGAGUGUAUGUAAACUUCUGACCCACUGGGAAUGUGAUUAAAGUAAUCAAAUAUGAAAUAAAUCAUUCUCUCUACUAUUAUUCUGACAUUUAACAUUCUUAAAAUAAAGUGGUGAUCCUAACUGACCUAAUACAGGGAAUUUUUACUAGGAUUAAAUGUCAGGAAUUGUGAAAAACUGAGUUUAAUUAAAUGUAUUUGACUGAAGUGUAUGUAAACUUCCGACUUCAACUGUAAAAAAGCUGUCCUUGAAACAGUCUUGAUAUGUUCGUCAAAAGAGAGUUCAGGGUCCAGAGUAACGCCGAGGUCCUUUACAGUUUUGAGACGACUGUACAACCAUCAAGAUUAAUUGUCAGAUCCAACAGAAGAUCUUUGUUUCUUGGGACCUAGAACUAGCGCCUUUGUUUUGUCCGAGUUUAUAAGUUAAACAUUUGCCGCCAUCCACUUCCUUAUGUCUGAAACACAGGCUUCCAGGAAGGGCAAUUUUGGGGCUUCACCAUGUUUCAUAGAAAUGUACAGCUGUGUGUCGUCCGCAUAGCAGUGAAAGUUAACAUUUAUGUUUCCAAAUGACAUCACCAAGAGGUAAAAUAUAUAGUGAAAACAAUAGACGUCCUAAAAGGGAACCUUGAGGAACACCGGAAUGUACAGUUGAUUUGUCAGAGGAGAAACCAUCCACAGAGACAAACUGAUUUCUUUCUGACAGAUGAGAUCUAAACCAGGACAGAACUUGUCCAUGUAGACUAAUUUGGGUUUCCAAUCUCUCCAAAAGAAUGUGGUGAUCGAUGGUAUCAAAGCAGCUCUAAGGUCUAGGAGCACGAGGACAGAUGCAGAGUCUUGGUCUGACGCCAUUAAAAGGCGUAUCUUGCGCUGCGAACCGCCGUUCCCCUCUAUGAUCGGAGUCGUGGCUCAGGACCUGCUGAGGAAGCUGUUGGUUAAAGACCCCCACAAGAGACUAGGCUCGGGACCACGAGGGGCCGAGGACAUCAAAAGUCAUGCCUUCUUCAAGGGUCUCAGUUGGUCAGACCUUGCUGAGAAGAAGGUAGUCAGCCCAUUCAAACCAGAGAUCAGGAGUGAGCUGGAUACAGGGAACUUUGCUGAGGAGUUCACUGGCAUGAAUCCUGUCUAUUCUCCAGCCAGCACCCCACCAAGCACUGACCGCCUGUUCCAGGGCUACUCCUUCGUUGCUCCCUCCAUUCUGUUCAACAAGAACGUGGUGAUGGGUGACUUCAUGGAGGGCCAGAUGGGUGCAGACCGGCCGGGCUCAGCCACUGUCCGUCGCAGUGCUAUGUUAGCGGACUCUACGUUCUUCCAGCUGUAUGAGCUGUGCCUGCAGGGGGCGCCCCUGGGCGAGGGUAGCUUCUCUGUGUGCAGGAAGUGUCGACACCACCAGAGCGGCCAUGAGUACGCCGUCAAGAUCAUCAGCCGCAGAAUGGAAGUAAACACUCAGAGGGAGAUUGCUGCCCUCAGGCAGUGUGAGGCUCACUCCAACAUCGUCAAACUGCAUGAGGUCUACACUGAUCAGUUCCAUACAUACCUGGUGAUGGAGCUGCUGCGUGGGGGGGAGCUGCUGGAGAGGAUCAAGAGGAAGAAAUUGUUUGGGGAGGCAGAGGCCAGUCAGCUUCUCAGGAGCCUGGUGUCAGCUGUCGGCUUCAUGCACGAGGCUGGAGUGGUGCACAGAGACCUCAAACCAGAGAAUGUGCUGUUUGCAGACGAGGGGGAGGACUCGGUGCUCAAGGUGAUAGAUUUUGGUUUUGCCCGACUGUGCCCUGCAGGCAGCGCCCCCCUGCAGACUCCCUGCUUUACACUGCAGUACGCUGCUCCUGAGCUCUUCCACAGCACUGGUUACGACCAGGCCUGCGACCUCUGGAGCCUUGGGGUCAUCCUGUACACCAUGCUGUCAGGACAGGUGCCCUUUCAGAGUGAGCAGCAGCAGCGGGCGGGGAUGACCUCAUCUUAUGCUGCCGACAUCAUGCAUAAGAUUAAAGAGGGUGACUUCUCUUUGGCUGGAGAGGCUUGGAAGGGUGUGUCAGACGAGGCUAAAGAGCUUGUUAAAGGGCUGCUGACGGUGGAUCCAGAGAGGCGUCUCAAGCUGUCUGCUCUGAGAGAGAACAGCUGGCUGCAGGGCGGGGCCAUCUUAUCGUCCACCCCCCUCUGCACCCCAGAUGUGCUCGAGUCCAGCGGCCCCAUCGUCCGCUCCUAUGUCAACGCCACCUACAAGGCAUUCAACAAGGGGAAGAGGGAGGGCUUCUUUCUGAAGAGUGUCGACAACGCCCCCCUUGCAAAGCGGCGCAAGCUCAAGAUGACAAGUACAGGUGUGGAGACUCGACGGAGCUCCUCUUCCUCCUCCUCGUCAUCAUCUUCCUCAACUGCCUCUGCCGCUGCAACAAACCUAAAAACACAGCCACCACACCAAACUCUACCCCCGAAGCUAGAAAAGAGCUAGCAGCCGAGGAGGUGGACGAGUGGGAGGAAAGGAGUUAGGAGAAUAAAGCACAUUAAUUCAGCUAUGACAGAUUGGAAUACUGGCUCUGAAAGACCAGAGAUGAUUUGUUAUAUCCCCUCUAAGUCCAAAGUCAUAUAGAAUCUCCAAAUUCUAAGAUCUUAUUUAUGAACAAACUAAGAGACUAGUCCAAUACUUAAGAUGAAACAAAAGGGUUCACGUCCCUUUUUCCUUUGAAAGAAUAUGCUGAAUGGCAUUUUGCAUUAUCGUAAUGAUGUAAGGACGUUAUAUGUAUUUAUACCAGUAGCUUGUCCCAUCUCAUGCAUUUUCUUAAGAAAUGAACUAACGUGUCAUUUCUUGAAUGGAACAAAGCUUUAGACUAUUGUUUUCUAAAUUUCGGUCAGAGGCUUUACAUCAGUAUGGUAAGUUACGGAAGACAUUUUCGUCGGCUUUAAGAUCAUACUUCUGAAGUUUUCAGUCACUUUUUAGCAGGGUGACGAUGAGCACGCAGUUGGACAUGAUGCUGACGUUUUGCAUGUUGUCAGCACCUGAGGUAAGGAGCGCUGUCGUAGAACGAGUCAGAGAGAAGCGGAGUGAGAGAGUCCUAAAGGGGAAAUGCAAAAGUCAUGAAUGAGCACAAGCCAUACAUACACAGGGAGGCCAUGGCCUCUACAACAGAGCACUUAUGGAUAGAUACACGGUGCUCAUCACGUGGCAAAAUGGAGAGGCAGUGGUUGGGGGUCUGUUGGAAGUCUCGCUCUGUUUUUAAUGAUAUGGUUGAGAUUAAGAAAGAACGCUGGUACUGCGGACAGCUGUUCAAAUGAACUUUGACCUUGAGGGAUGAUCCCAGUCCAUGGGACGCUGUCUUUGUAACCCAAUGGUUCUAGUUACAUACGGCCAAUUUACAAGGACCCUUAGAAUCAUUUCCUUUUGGCUUGAGAUAUCAGCCUUCUAUCGACGUUGGUGUCUGUCUGCGUAGUUAACUGGUUCGCUGAAGUUCACCUGAGAAUCAAAUUAACGGCAUCCAUUGUUCUGUAUGCAUACGUGUGCGACAUUAACAACCAUCAUGAUUCUGACAGGGAAUACAGGGAGAUGGAACGCUUGGUGAUAGACAUUCUGAUUUGAUACCAUAGUCCCAUACACAGUGCUCCAAGGCCUAUGAUGUACUUUUCUGAGCAGGGCAACUUUUCAUUAUAUUGCGCAGGGCCAAAUGGAAAAAAUGAAUAGUUUUUUACUGUGAGUAAAUAUUGUCACCCUGGUUUAGAGGUUAGUGUUUUUGUAGACGUUUAGGUGUUUUGAUCAUUGAAUGUCAGUUCCACUGAUCAUUUACUCAUCGCUUUUUUUUCUACCGGAAUAUAUUGACUGUUGAUUUGAUUUGUACCUGGAUAUCACACAAAUGUAGUCCUUUUAAUCAGUGAUAGUUAUUUCAGAUUUAAACCAUGCUUAUUUUAGUAUUUAUUAUAUGUCAUGUUUUUAUAAUGCUGUGGUAAUGGUUGUCUGUGUGUGUGUGUGUGUGUGUGUGUGUGUGUGUGUGUGUGUGUGUGUGUGUGUGUGUGUGUGUGUGUGUGUGUGUGUGCGCGCGUGCGGUGUGACUGGUUCUGGGGAUUGUAUAUUAUUGCAAGUUACUGUAGUAAAUAAUUGUUUUGAUCACAUUUUAUUAGUUACUCGUUUCUAAACAUUAGUUUUGUUGGGAACCGUGCUUUUGUCAUAAUGCUAUUGUUUGGAUGUUGUGUUGUCUUUUUUUAUGUUAUGAAUUUGACUCUUUUUAAUGAGCUACUACCCUUUUCCUGUAUAGCUGUCCUUUUUUGCCCAACAUUUUCAAUUCUUUCUUCAAAGCAUAUCCUGACAUUGAGAUUCCCUAUGUCACAAUUGCUUGGUUUGGGUCAAGAACACUUCAGUCUGGAGCAAAAUAAAUGACUUUUCUCGA